AUGGGCGAUGUUUCAGCGACAGCGAAGUACAAGUCCCUGAACAAGGCAGCGUUGGCACUAGCCCUCCAUCUCAGUGGUUACAUCCUUGGUUCUUUUCCUGGAUACGAAACCGCCUGGCAGGGGUUCUUCUUGACCGAGAGCGACAUUAUAGGCACCGAAAAGGACAUCACUGGUGAGCUCAAGAUACACUGUAAUGACUGCUCCAAGCCUAUUGUUUGGAAGACAGAAGUCUCUCACGGUAAAUUCGUAAUCGUGACGCUGCAAUUCUCCUAG